AUGUCACAAACUUUCGACGGUGCAGCUUUCUCCUCCCUCGUCGCCAAUCAACAGAACUCCCUCUCAAGGGUCUCUGUAAAAGCCGUGGGAUCUCAGGUGGCCCUUAUGUCCGGUAUCUCUAUCGCUACCGUCAUAGCCUUCUCCUUUUUCAGACCUAGAGAGAAGAAGGUUUAUGCUCCAAAGGUUCAUGACCCCGACUAUGAACCACCUCCUCCCACUAUCUCCAAUGGCUUCUUCGCCUGGUUCAGUCCCGUCAUUCACCUCAAAGAGGAACAGAUGAUAGCCAACAUCGGACUUGACGCUGCGACUUUUUUACGUUUCCUUAGAUUACUACGCAACGCUUUCACCGUCAUUUCUGUCCUUUCAGCUGGUCUAUUGGUCGUGAACGUUAUCUACAAUGUCAAAUAUAUCGACAGCGACAAACGGAACGCUCUCAGUCUCCUCACCAUCCAAAAUGUCUCCGGAGCUUGGAUGUGGCCAGCUCUGGGAGUCAGUUACAUCAUCAAUUUCGUUAUCAUGUACUUUAUCUGGCGUAAUUGGCAAACAAUGGUCAUGCUUCGAAAUCGAUGGUUUCGUUCUCCAGCCUAUCAAUCGAAAAUCUAUUCGAGAACACUCAUGGUCACUCGUAUUCGUAAAGACUAUAGAACAGAUGAAGGUUUAUUGGCUCUCAUGGGAUUGCUCAAAGUGGAUGGUAUCAAGAUCGGGCCCGAAAUUGACUGUACAACCAUCGGUCGACGACUGGAUGACUUCCCGGAAAUGGUCGAGGAACACAACGAGUCAGUGGCCGAGUUGGAAGCUCAUUUGGUCAAGUAUUUGAAAGGAGGUCGAGUUGCCAAUAAAAGGCCAAUCAUCACCAAGGGUGGUUUCCUUGGUUUUGGAGGAGAAAAGAGGGACGCCAUCGACUACCUCGCAAAACAAAUCAAAUUUCUGCGCGAUAGAAUCGAUGCCAAACGGAAAGCCGUAGAGUCCCUCAUUCGCCGAGAACGCAAAGCUAGGAAAGGUGGAGCACCUCUGCAAAGAGUGGAAGGAGAGAACUAUGGAUUCGUCACUUUCAAAACUAUCACAGAAGCCCAUCGGAUCGCUCGGGCUCAUCGUGGCAAGCUCAAGGAGUUGUACGGUGCUUCGUUGCACCUGGCCCCUAUGCCACACGACAUUGUCUGGGCGAACAUAUCCCGCGAGCCGGCUGAAGUCAAGUCAAGGACAUGGUUCGGAUUCGUUAUCAUCGGCGUCGUGUGCUUUAUCAAUACCAUUCCGCUGCUCGUGGUAUCCACCUUGGCGAAUCUGAGUAGUUUGGCAUUGUACGUUGGCUUUUUGGAAAAGUGGAAGGAUGCCGGUCAAUGGGGAAACUGGACUUUCUCCAUCGUGUCCGGUGUACUGCCCUCCGCUGUGUCUGCUCUCUUCGGCUAUCUGCUUCCAAUCAUCAUUCGUCGUAUCAGCAAGUAUCAGGGCGCUACAACAUCCUCUCGACUAGACAGGGCCGUCACUGCUCGUUACUUUUUCUUCAUGAUUGUCUCAACACUCUUUGUCUUCUCCCUUCUUGGGGUUUUCUACAAUGCCAUCGCACAAGUGGUCCUACAGAUCGGACAGCAUCAAUCGGCCUCGAAGGUACUUGAGGGCCUGAAGCAAAUUCCCUACGAAAUCCAAGGGACGUACGUACAGCAAAGCACAUAUUGGAUCACAUGGCUUCCAUUGCGUGGCUUUCUGGUCAUAUUCGAGUUGAUCCAGCUCAUCAAGUUGGCCAUGGUCUCCCUCCGUCGUGUCAUGUUCUCCCAUACCCCAAGAGACAUCCGCGAAAUGACCAAGCCUGGCUACUUUGAAUAUCCUAUUGUCGUUGUCAACUUGCUCUUCAUAGCCACUGUCGGCCUCGUCUACGCCCCACUGGCACCGCUCGUUGCUAUUGGUACCUGCUUGGUGUUCUGGUUCUCAAAUGUGGUCUACAAGUACCAGUUGCUUUACGUGUAUGUUUCUCGUGCGGAGAGUGGUGGUCGUCAGUGGAACGUCUACAUCAACCGUCUUCUGGCUUGCUGCAUCCUCAUGCAACUGCUCAUGGUUCUCAGUCUCAUUCGUAGGCGAUGGCUCGACUGCUUGGCAUCCGUUCCUCCGAUUCUGAUCAUCAUCGGUUUCAAGAUUUACCUUGGCAAGACAGCUGAAAAGGCUUUUAGAUAUUACCUACCAACACCGCAGGAAGCUGAAAACGAAAGGAGACUCAGUUUGUCAGAGAAACGCACCAAUCAUUCUGAAAUGGAGAAACGAUUCCUUCAUCCGGCUCUACAAGCGGACAAGUUGUUCACCAUUAUGGUGCACAAACAACAAGAAGAGUUAGCUCGAGAAGUA